CAAUGCCGUCCCUGUGCUCCACUGAGGGAUAGAGAUAGCCAGGGCUGCUCCAUGGCAGCCCUUCACAGCUCAGCCACUGGCUAUCAUGGCACAGGCAGAGACCCUGCUGCUGCUGCUGCUGCUGCUGCUGCUGGCUGCUGCUCGCUGGAUGUCGGCGUGCGACGCAGCGCGGCUCAGAGCGAGGGGGGCAGGGAGAUUUGGGAAGGGACGAGGGCAGGGCGACGUGGCUGGCUGGGAGUCUGUGAAUCUGCAGCCUGGAACCUCACAUACACACACAUGCAAGAGCAUGAUCCAUCUGUCUGUUUCUAUGUCUGUGUGCUGCUAGUGGUGCAGAGAAUGACUAAGGAGGAUCCUUACCCAGGACCACCACCACUCACCAGAUCCCUGGAUGUAACCUGACCCUGUACUCUGGGCCUUUGCAUGGUUGGGAAGAAACAGGACUUUUUUUUCUCCUCCAGGCAGGGUGGGGUGUAUGGCUUUUUGUGGGUUAGCAGUGUUGUGACUGUGUUUGUUGCAGGAUGGAAGGAAGGAAGGAAAGAAGGUUUGGCUAGUGACUGGAGAGGGACGGAGGCAAGAGGGUGAUCUCAUCAGAACAGGAGUAGGACCAUGGGAGAUAUGAAGACGCCGGACUUCGAUGAUCUGCUGGCGGCCUUCGACAUCCCCGACAUGGUGGAUCCUAAAGCCGCUAUCGAAUCUGGCCCCCAUGAUGACCAAGACGGACAGCUCAAGCAACCUAGUGGUGGGGUGACUACCAAUGAAGAUGAGGCCCAAAACCCCUCAACAGGACAUGAUGUUGGUGUUAGUGUCAUCGUCAAGAAUAUCCGAAACACAGACACUAGUGAACAUGGUGGAACCAUAUCCGAGAAGGAUGGACAUUUUCAUCCCCAACCUCAUUCUGUAGGCAUUGGCAAUGGACUUCAUAAUGGCUUCUUGCCCGCAAUACAAUCAAGUACUCAUUAUACCAAGAACGGAUGGAAAGCGCCAAGGGAGGAGGGACAACCAGUUAACAACCAAUCAUCUACCUUUAAUCAGUUCAGCCCCAUCUCCAGUGCUGAAGAGUUUGAUGAUGAUAAAAUUGAGGUAGAUGACCCCAUGGACAAGCAGGAAGGUCAGUCGUUCUUUAGGUCCACUACUAGGACAGAGGACCAGAAUUCCAAAUCUCCUGUAUCAGUGGACAAUGAUCAAAACAAGAGCACCGAUGGCAAUCAGGCAGGUUCCAAGUCUAACAAGCCCCCUCAAUCAAGUUUACCUGAGGGUGAACUAAAGGAAACUGUCCUCAAGUCUGAAGGUCAGGAGUGCAAGGAGGCUGGAGAGCCAACAGGGCCUGUUAAUGUGGUCAGUAUCUCUCAAGUCAAAGCUAAGUCCUCUGCAAAACUUUCAUCUUGUAUAGCAGCCAUAGCAGCCCUCAGUGCCAAAAAGGCUAGUGCUACUGACUUGGGUGUUUUGGAUUCUCCUACAACACAGAAAGAAUCCACCCAAGUGAAUAAAAGUCCUAGAGCUCUGGAGAAGCCACAUGAGCAGGAGUCAGCCCUAGAGUUUGCAAAGAGGCUCCUAACACGACAACCAGACAGCCCCUCUAGUGUCAUCAGUGAGGGGAGCAGCAAAGGUUCCCCUGAUUCAAGCACAGACACCACCCCGGUUAUCCCAAAAGUCAGGAUCAAAACAAUCAAGACAUCAUCCGGCCAGAUCAAGCGUACUGUUACCCGAGUUGUACCGGAGUUUGAUCCUGAUUGUCUGAAAAAAGGAGAGAACAGCCUUUCUGUCACCAGUGCAAUUUUCUCAUCCCCCACAAGGCCCUCUCUGCCAACCACAGUAUUAGCCACCACUGGAGGUCCUUCAAUUGAAAUAACCAAGCAAAUGACAAUAAAACCUGUGGCAACAGCUUUCCUGCCUGUCUCGGCAGUCAAGACAGCUGGUUCCCAAGUCAUCAACUUGAAGCUAGCUAACAACACCACUGUCAAAGCAACAGUCAUCCCCGCUGCAUCAGUGCAAAGUGCCAGCAGUGCCAUCUUGAAAGCUGCUAAUGCCAUCCAGCAACAGACCGUCAUGGUACCUGCCUCCAGUCUGGCUAAUGCCAAACUUGUGCCAAAGACAGUCCAUCUUAGUAACCUCAAUCUUCUGCCCCAGGCAGUAUCCUCUGCUGUCUGUGAUCUCCAACAGGCCCUGUCCUCCUCCAAACAAUCACAGCAUGUCAAACAUCAGACAGUUCUCGCUGGCCGAGCCUCAAAGAAAGUCUCUAGGAUUCAAGUGUUGACCAACUCUCAAAGCUCUGUAGUGGACGCCUUCAAUAAAGUCCUGAGUAGCAUAAAUCCUGUACCUGUGUACAUCCCAAACCUCUCCCCACCAACCUCAGCUUGUAUCUCUCUACCCUCACGUGGCUACAAGUGCCUUGAGUGUGGAGAUUCAUUUGCUCUUGAGAGGAGCCUGACACAUCAUUAUGAACGUCGCAGUGUGCGGAUCGAGGUCACCUGCAACCACUGUGCCAAAAGCCUAGUCUUCUACAACAAAUGCAGCCUAUUGUCUCAUGCCAGGGGCCACAAAGACAAAGGGGUUGUCAUGCAGUGCUCACAUCUUAUCCUAAAACCCAUUCCUGCAGAUCAGAUGAUAACCACAUCACCCUCACCGGGCCCACCCAGCAUCAUUGGCACCACCUCCCCCUCCCAAGCACAAGCGCCCACCAGCCAAAUCCCUGUCAGAGUUGCUGGUGGAGGGUCCAAAAGUACAGUGAUUUCAGCUUCAUGCAGUGCUCCUCUUGUGGCUGCCAUGCCCUUGGAGGAUGAUGCAUCGAAGCUGUGCAGACACAGCCUGAAGUGCUCUGAAUGUAAUGAAAUGUUCCCAGAUGACAGCUCACUUGCCAUGCACUAUCAGCAGGCACCGGAGUCCAGUGGGCAGAAAACAUGCACCAUCUGCCAAAUGCUUCUCCCAAAUCAGUGCAGCUUUCUGUCACACCAGCGAAUCCACCAGCACAAGUCUCCUUACAUCUGCCCGGAGUGUGGCGCCAGCUGCCGUUCUGUCCACUUCCAAUCACAUGUCACAAAGAACUGCCUGCAUUACACCCGCAGAGUUGGCUACCGCUGUAUCCACUGCAGUGUGAUCUUCGCUGAUGCUGCAACUGUGAAAUCUCACAUCCAGAAUUCUCACUGUGAGACCUUCUUUAAAUGUCCUCUCUGCCCCAUGGCCUUCAAGUCUGCACCUGGAACGCACUCUCAUGUGAACACACAGCAUCCAGGAAUGAAGGCAGGAGAGCCCAAGAUGAUCUAUAAGUGUUCCAUGUGUGAUACCGUGUUCACCUUGCAGUCCCUGCUUUACACGCACUUCGACCAGCACAUCGUCAAUCAUAAAGUGUCAGUGUUCAAAUGCCCUGACUGCUCCAUGCACUACGCACAGAAACAGCUCAUGUUGGACCAUAUCAAGGCCAUCCAUGGAACCCUGAAGACCAUCGAGGGUCCACCAAACUUGGGCAUUAAUCUCCCUCUCAGCACCAAACCCACCAACUCCAAUAGCACCAACAGCAACAGCCCCAGUAAUAACAACAAUAACAAAGAUAUAGGAGGAAAUAUCAACGGUCAAGACAAAAUUGAAAAGAAGCCUUCACCUUCACCUCUAAAGAAAACAAACAGUAGUGGCUCAGCGGACAUCAAGAACCCCGCCAGCUCAGGAUACACAUGUGGAGACUGCAGUACCCUCUUCAGUUCUAGAGAGGUCUUUGUGGCUCACAUGAGGCGUGAACAUGGCAAGAUACUGAAGAAACACCCAUGUCGACAGUGCGACAAGUCGUUCAGCUCCUCCCAUAGCCUUUGCCGACACAACCGUCUCAAACACAAGGGACUGCGGAAGGUCUACACCUGCCCGCACUGUCCUGCACUCAGUCAGCCAUUCACUAAAAGAGUGCUGCUGGAUCAGCACAUUCAUCUGAUGCAUGGAGUCAAAGACCCAGAGGGGAAGACUGUCAGCUCUGAUCAUACUGAGACUUCACCUGACAAAGAAACGACUCUCAGCCCCAAAAGGAAGCCAGAAGAGGAUGAGGGGUCUCCAAGCUUGAACUCCAGGGGCUUUGAUUCACAGCCCUUGAAGAGGCUCAAGGUGAACAUCCUAAAAGUUCACAAGUGUGCUGUCUGCGGCUUCACCACUGAGGACAUUGCAGCUUUCCACGAGCACAUUCCCCAGCACAAGUCCGAUGGCUCAUCCUACCAGUGUCAGGAGUGCGGCCUGUGCUACACCUCCCACCGCUCACUAGCCCGACACCUCUUCAUCGUCCAUCGGCUGAAGGAGCCACAAGGCCUCGCCCGAUACAAUGGACGGGGAAAGGACGACGAUGAGAGUCAGAGAGAGAACCAGCUGGACAUUACAGACGGGACCCCGAAUACCAAAUGCAAAGUGUGUGGUAAGAUGUUUGAAACGGAGGGAAACUUGAACACUCACAUGAGGACGCAUGGGAUGGCGUUCAUAAAGUCUAAGAGACUGAGCGCGACUGAGAAGUGACACUUUUAAACCAUUCCAUCUGAAGCAAACUCUGUUGUUUUAAACUUAACACAGUUUGGUAAAGCGUUGCAGACAACCUUCAGUGUGCUGUACAUACAUAAUGUACAUGUAGGGUACUACAAUAUGUAUACAAUAUACACACAAAAAUAUGUAAUAUAUGUCAAAGUCACUUUAUGUGUCUAAGUAAAUUGAACAAGAUAAUUUUUUGUACACACAUAGAUGUUUCUAUAGGCUUUGAAUAGAUCUUUUUUAUAGAAGAGCUUUUUUAUUUUAAACAGUUUCCAUUGUUCGCACUAGGGCUAGAUAAUGUAUGGAUAUAUUGUUGUAAUGGGAUUAAUCCUCAUACAGUCAGCAGUGUUCUGAACGUUCAAUGCUGCUGAUGUCAAACGAAUGUCUGAGAGAAAAAUAUACAUAUAUAUAUAUAACUUCUGGGAGCUUCAGGUUUCCACAGUACAGUAAUGUUACCCCUAGCUGAGGUCUUCAAUUUCACUUGACUUGAAAAUUUGAGUAGACAAUUGGCAUAAAACAUUCUUUAUGUUUCAGGUUGUUUUUUUUAUUUUUCAUUUUUAUGCAUGGAUAUUCUCUCUGAGCCGUCCUCAGCUUCUACAUAAAACUCUGGCUCUGGUUUCCUUCUAAGACAUCCUGAAAGUAUUGAUCCUGAAACAAAACCUCUGCUAGGGCUGCACCACUCAUAAAAAGUGUCAUACUGUGAUUAUUUUAACAGAUACUGCAAUUGCGAUAUGAGUUGCAAUUUCAGUGGGAAUGGUAAUUUUUACAUUUCAUUUUCACUGAAAGAAAUAUGAAAAUGAUGAGGAUGUGAUUUUUGCCGGGAUCUGUACCAUACAAAUAAUGUUCCCUUACGUCGAGAAUAUGUUUUUUAGGCUGGGGCAUCUCUGUAGCACCACAAUGCUUCAUUUAUAAUAAUAUGUUGCAACACAUUUUACCUUUACCUAAAUAUUGUAGCUCUGGUGAUUUGGACAUUGCACUUGGCCAUAUUGCGAUUUCAAUAAUGUUUCGAUUCACUGUGCAGCCCUAAUCUCUGCAUUCAUUUUGAGGUGAAAUAACAUGAAAUAUCAGAGCAUAUUAGGCAAAGAUAAAGCCUGUUUUCUGCAGCAUCUCCUUACCCCCUUGUUAAAUUAUUUACAUAUCAAUUACAUACAGAACAAAAAUUUGGAAAUGAGUUUAAAGCUCCCUGUUUUGUGUAAUGUUUAUGUAAAACAUUUAACAUCAGAACAGGAGUCUUUUAAAGACUAAUAUGUGGGCCAAAUUUGUAGUAGCUUUUAUAUUUUGUACAAAAUGGUCAGACUUGUUUCAUUCCUGUUUUAAUAUAAACUGUAUAUGGCAGCUCUUUGUAAUUACAGGUCACCGAAAAAAAAAGGUUUAUUUACCGGAAUAUUUAAAAUAUGAUAAAAAGCACUUACCUUUCUUUUAACAGCAGUCUUAUAACUAAGGUCAUUAUUGUCAUUUUCUUCCUUGUUUCUUCAGUUUGUGGUUCUUUGGUUUUAAUGUGAAGACAUAUUGAGCGUUCAUUGACAGAAAUAACACUGGGAAAGAAGAAAAACUUCUGUGAAUGUAAACUUGGCUGUGAAACUGAAUUAUUGAUACGAGACAACCAGUUCUAUUAAAUGAACAAUAACUGAAAGUUGAGAGAAUCACAGGAUUGUUUUCCAUCGCUAACUUUUUUUCAAAGCAUUUCCAAAAAAAAAAAAACAACCAAAUUCCAUUUUGGACAGUAGUUUUUCUACUCUGACAAUAAGACUUUAACCAUCUUGCGCUGUAAAACUGCAUGUGAGAAGCAGUCUGUGAAUUGUUUGUUGAUUAGAAUGUAUCUUGCUGCUGCUGCUGCUGUUUUUAGACAUUUCUGAUGCUUCUGUACAAAGCUGUGCUUUAUGUCAAUAAAUGAUGAAACCUGCCAGAGGUAAGAUCUGAUGUCGACUGCACAUGAGACAUCAGCUCCUCUCUGUGGAAAUAUCAGAAAUCCUCUCGUGAUCAUUCAUACUCAUGCUGUUAUAGUGCUGUUUGUGUCUGUUUGUGUCUGCGUUACCAUGAAAGCUAAAGUCUAAAUGCUGGAUUUUGAUAACAGGUGUUUGACAUCUAAAUGUCCUGCAAUCAAAGCUUAAUAUAAA